UCUUCACACCGAGACUGUCAACGCUAAAGCUACACUAAUGUAAACAAAGCGACUUCUUCUUUUCCUUCUCCUCCUUCUUGUAUUAUGAGUUACGGCGGAUUUAUCGCCACCUACAGGAUCAGAGUGCGAACAGCAGUCAAGUGUGCUGCAUUUUUUUCUUGAAAAUAUGAUGGAAGCCGGUGAGCGUCAUGAGUUCAAGGGCCUCGGGGUUGGGCUCGGGGAUUAGCCGGUGCUCAUGACUAGGAUCUCAGUGAACACAGCCCUUAAAAUGGACGAACGCAUCCGACACAGCUAUGGCACAGAAAUGUCGGACAGCAGGCUACUGUUUGGAGAAACAUCUGCCUGGAAUCGAAUGAUCAACCUUACUGUCGGUGGAUUUACAUCUCUUUUAGUGAUUGUAACCAUCAUCAGUUCCUUUGUCUUUCCUACAUCUGCUCCGAAUGCGCUGAACAUCUUCUUUGGGAUCUGCAUCAUCAUGAUCUGUUCCUCAGUGCUGGUUCUGAUAUUUUGGUAUCGCCAAGGUGACCUGGAGCCCAAAUUCAGAAACCUCAUCUAUUACACCUUAGCCUCGGUCGUCCUGCUUUGUUUAUGUGCAAACCUUUACUUUCAUGAUGUUGGGAGAUAAGAGUUCCUCAUACACCAAUAUACAAUGUUUGUCAUCUUUUUCACACUAAACAUGAGAGCAAUUCGUUGAUUUGUCAUGUACGUGAGUAGAGAGACAUUAUAUUAUUGAGUAGUGAGAGAUUUUUGUCCUUAAUAAAUGUAAUAAAUUCUGCUGCUUGUCAA